AUGCUUAAAUUUCAACACGCCACUCCGGAGGAUGUCAAGAUCGCCGCGUCUAUAGAACAUAAACGGCAUCUUGAAGAAACGAGAAAAAUACGUAUUUUCAAUCCUCGCGUUAGGAAAAUUGGAAUAGACAAGGCAUUCUUGGAUAAGCAAGUCGAGGAAAAGAAGCGGCAGCACGAGUGGGAACAGGCGAAAGAAUGUCAAUUGGACGAGGCUCUCAUUCGCAACAGCGAGCUUGCUGUGCAUUUAGAGAGACAGCAAGAGGAGGAAAGGCGUAGAAUAAAUAAGGAAAUCGAGUCCUUUCGAUGUGUGCAUCAGCGCGCGAAGGACCGUCGAGAUUACGACCUGUACGAUCCCGAAGCGCUGAAGAAAUCGCUUCCACCGCGACUGGAUGACGAUGAUCCGAGCUUGGGUGCAGCGUCCGCUCAGAAGUUCGAGGGCGAGGACCGCAAUCUUCCCGAGCGAUUAAAGGUACAGAAAGAACAGAUACGUUGGUGGAUUCAGAGGCAGAAGGAGGAGCGCGAGGCGGCUGAGAAGGCGCGACGGGAUGCCGAGGAAGCCUAUCAGGAAGUCGUCCUCUCCAGGGACAAGCGCGCAAUGACGCUGGCGCGAAUGGAGGAAGAAUGCCGGCGAAGGUUGAACGAAGCGACAGCGAGAUUUAAUCGCGCUCUGGCCGAGGAACAACAGCAUCGCCGUCACUGCGAAGCCAUUCAAGACGAGGAGGACAAGAAAGCGGAAAUUUAUAAUCACGUGACUGGAGACUUCCUCACUGAAGCUAGGGAGCAGGCUGAGAGUUGUCGCGGCCCGUACAAGCCGUUGGUAUCACGAUACAAGGGCAUGACUGCGGACGAGUUAAAGGUCUUCAGGGAUGCGCAGCUAGAGCAAAUAGAAGAAAUUCGAAAAAAUAAACUGGAAGAGAAGAGCAUGAAUGAAGAUUGGGAUCAAUUGAUGAACUCGCAUCUUCAAACUGCAUAUUCAUACGAGUGCGAAUUAAAGCAAAGAAAAUUGGAGCUCAACAAGAAAAUUGCGGAGGAAAACUUGCGGCUUGCCGAGCAGCAAAAAUUACAUAAAAAAUAUCUGGAUCGUGUCGUUUAUAAGAACCAACCGACCGCCGCUUUUUAUGAGCAAUUUAACAAAGGAACACGUUGA